AUGACCCUAGUUGAAACUGCCUGUAUAUCAAGUGACGGAACAGAGUAUAUCAUACCAGAACCAUGCGUACAUGAACAGAAAGUUACGAUUCAUCACUGGCAAUUACGUGAUCUUAUUAUAGCACGUCAGGACAAAAAAGAUGAGUUGAUUGUACCAACUGGGCGGGAUAUUUUUCGAUACAACUUCCGAACACGAAGUUCCAGCUACCUUGUUAAAGAUGUUGGAUACGCUCCCACUUGUAUGACUAUCGGUAAUGGAUACUGGGCAUCUGGAGGACAACGAGGAGAAUUGACACUCAGGGAUAUCAAUACUGAAAACGAAGUCACCAUCACAACAACUCCAAGCAAAACAAUCAAUAAUGGUUUAGCAUUUUCCAAUCUCAAUGGACAACUGCGUCUAUUGGUGUCCAAUAACGAUGCGUCUGUGCGUGUAUUUUCCGUACCCGAACUCCAACUAUUGCAAACUAUUGACUUUAGGACAGCCGUUAAUCACACCUCCAUAAGUCCAGAUGAAACUAAGAUGAUUGUAGUGGGAGACGACAACAAGGUCCACUUGUUUUCAAUAACUGCAGCCGGUACAUUUGAACCGGUGUCGACUAUGGCGGCUGCUAGAGAUGCAAACUUCUCGGUUGCGUGGAAUCACUCGUCAGAAAAGUUUGCAGUAGCAAGUCAGGAUGGUACAGUUCAUGUGUGGGAUAUAAGGAGUAGGGAUCCUCUUUAUAGGUUCGGAGGCGGUAAUAGUUCUAUCACAAAGGGAGCUGCUCGCUGUGUCAAGUUUACUCAAUCGGGUGCAAUUGAUCUACUGGCAUUUACCGAGCAUGUAUCGCACAUCAACAUUAUCGACGCGAGGACAUUUAAUGCUCAGGAAACAAUCCGAGUAGGAAGCUCUGGAGUAGAUACGCCCAUCACUGGCCUCGCUUUUUCACCAAAUAGUCACAGCAUGUUUGUUGGGAUGGAAAACGUAAUAUUGGAGUAUCCGGUUGAUACUUCUGCACGUCGUCGAUUCCCAAAAGGUGCAUUACUAUAG